CGAUCGAUGAGAACAUCCUAUUCCCUUUCACCGUUUGCAACCCGUGACGCGAUCUUUACUGCAAACCCCGACGGAUACCGUCGCGUCGAGUCAAACAAAGAUGGCUUGUCAUCUUGUUAGGGCUCUGGGAACGAUUAAUUGUGGGGGAUUAUGGAUGGGAACCAUUUGGAUUUAACGCAUAUAAAUUGAUUACAUUACUUUGAUCUAGUGCUCGGCUCGAUCCGAUGGUGCCGAGGAGAAGGAUGCUCUUGGGGUUCGUGCUGGCUCUCUUUACCGGCAUCGGUAUCUAUCUUCGGAUUUGGUCGAUCGACGGUGACGACUUCUCCGCUGGCGACGACAGAGACGCCCUUCGAAGAGAAUUUGAACAUGCAAAUAUGGAAGCGAUGGAUGAAUCUGCUGAAUGGAGAAUGAGAUAUGAUGUGGAAGUGGAUAGAAGUAGGCAAAUUCAGGAUGAACUCCUAAAGGUCAAGGCCUCGUUAGCUGGGGCAUCUAGGAGGUUCAGCAUGCUGCAAAAGGAAAACAUGAAACUGCAGAAGCAGUUUGAAUCCUUGAAACAAAUCAAAACUAAAGGAUGGGAAUGCAAGUGCAAUUAAUCUUCAACCCAACUUUGAGAAUAAAGAGGCGUAUCGUCCAACAAAAUCCUCAAUACUGGCUUCAGAUUCUCAUGCACAAUUUGAUUAACCCUCGUAUGCAAGCAGCAAUUCAAAUCCUCCUUUUGCUUCCGUGCUGGUGGGUAAUAAACUUAUUGUUCCUUGGUAAGCAAGCUAUAUUCUUAACAGCAGGAAUCCUGGUUUCCUCAACAGAGGAAGCUUCAUUGCGGUUAAAAAAAGCAAGAUGUGUCCGGUUUCAUGCCCAAAUAAUGACUAUAUUCUGAGUACUCUGCAGACUAGAUCGUGGUAAUAAGGAGGCCAUCAUACUGACUGUCAACUGCUACAUGAAUCCACAAUUGGAAGAUUGAAGUAUUAGAUGCUGUUUUUCUGACUUCAGGAGAGGACGUCACUGAUAAAAGGCAAUCAGAUGCUCUGAUGCUGUGGCUAUAGCAGAGAGAGUUCAAGAACCUGUUUGUUCUAUGGGUUAAUAAGGAUAAGAAAUGCACCUCAUUUUGUGCCGGUGGUGUUAAUUGGAAUAGCUGCAGUGGUUAGAUGGCA